UUCCGUUCUCCUCCCUGACAGGAAGUAAGGGAAAUGGCUUCCGAGAGCUAGGGCUUCCUAGCGGCUCCUCCUCCGAGGAACUUCAGAGCAUCAAUGGUUCAGGCCAUUCCUGAACAAGAAAACACUUUCAAAAACAUCCCAGGGAAGUGCUCAUCCAACUUUUGCUUGAAGUCCCUGAGUGAGGAGGAACCAAUAGCUAGGUGACAAUGAAUUGCGAAGUCUGAGUAAUGCAGAAUUCCUUUAGUGUGAAUUCUAAAAUGAUUAACAGGUUGCAUUUAAUGCAAGCAAAAAUUCAAUUAAUGUGAUGCGUGGGAGCUACCCAAGAUUAUUAAAAUCUACUAAAUCAUCAGUCUGUACUUGCCUAUCAUUGAGUGUGGAUGUGAUGUGCAGUUGUAGACCACAUUAUUAACAGCUGUGUUAAUUUUUUUAAAAAACUCUUAACAAAAUGGACAAAAGGAAGAACACUUCAGAUGGCAACACUGCCAACACAAAAAAAAAGAGACUUGUUAUUACAUUAGAACAAAAAUUUGAUGUAAUCGAACGGCAUGAACGUGGUCAUAGUAACUCUAAAAUAGGACGAGAUAUAGGAAUGCCUGAAUCUACAGUACGCAAUAUUAUUAAACAUGCAGGUGAAAUUAAAAAAAAAGGUAAAGUUGCAUCAACUUUUUGUGGUUUGCAAACAACUACAAGAAAUAGAAGUAUUACAAUGAUAGAAAUGGAGCGUCUAUUAGCUGUAUGGAUUGAAGAUUGCAAUCAAAAAUGCAUUCCUCUUACCAGAGCAGCCAUUCAGACAAAAGCUUCAAGUUUAUUUAAGGCAGUAAAAGAAAAUGGAAAUGAAAUGGAUAGUGAAGAAACUUUUGCUGCGAGCGUUGGUUGGUUCAAUCGCUUUAAAAAUAGACUUCAAUUGCAUAAUGCUAAAAUUACCAGAGAGGCAGCCAGUGCAGAUAAGAACAUCCCAGUGUGGAAGCACAUUUUGCCACACUCUGCAAAUAAUAAUUUUGAGGGUUUUCCUCCUCAAAAGCAGACUGUUAUAGAAGAAAUAACAAACUUUGAAAGAAAGCUUGGUUUUGAUGAACUAGAAAAUGGCGAUGUCCAGGAAUUGCUCAUUUCACACUCAGAAGAAUUGGCUGAUGAUGAUCUUCAUUUAGAACAACAACAAGUGUUUGAAGAAGCCAACAGUGAUACCAUAGUAGCAGAUAAUGUGCAAAUGAAGGAAUUCACUCUCAAAGAGUUUGAAGAUAUCUUUCAAGCUGUAGAAGUCAUGAAGCAAAAAAUUAUGAAUGCUGAUCCUAAUGUCAGUCGAAGCAUACAAAUUCGCCAAGAUGUGGAUAAGGCUCUCUGUACCUACCAGCAUAUGUAUGAGAAUUUAAAGAAAAACACAGUUCAGUCUACUCUGCUAAAAUAUAUUAAACAAGAAUAAAGACAUUUUUGUCAUAUAAUCAUUGUAGACUCUUUAGAUUC